AGCAGGGGAGGGAAGGAGAAAGAGAAAAGAAGGGAGUGACGGAGGCCUGGGUAUAGGGAGGGGGGCUCAUUCAGUAGGAGAAAGUAGGAGUGGAGCAGUUGGUGCACGGAGCGGGGAACUAUUGCUGGCUGUGGGAAAGUAAACAGCACAGAGCAUUCGCUGCACUCACAGAGGCCUCACUUCAGCAGCAGCGGAAGGAGCUGGAGAUAAAUGAAGGAUGAGGAUGUGCUCUAGAAGACAGCUCAUUUCGUAGCAGGAAGUGCAUGGGAGGUUGUUGGGAUUAAAGUCCCCCUUGGGAGGUGCUGAAGCUUUCCUGUGGAAGUACUACUGAGGAGAAAAAGAGCCUAUGUCCACGCCUUCAUCUCAUCAGCAGCUGGAGAAGGAUGAGGAAGAGAAGAGUUCAAAAUCUGAAGACAGUUAUGUGGACACUGGACAACAAAAGGGCAGUACUGCAUCUGGAGAUAAGAUUACAGUCAAAUACAAUGAGCCUCAAAAACAUUCAACUGAACUGGACAUGACUUUGGAAUACAAUGCAGAUAAAGUUUUUCAAGACAAUGUCACUGGUUCCCCUGCUGGUCAGGAGUACACCAGUAGCUAUAGUAACCCAAACAAGAGAGAUCAAGCUUCCACAGCAUUGGAUGCAUCCGAAAACUUAAAAGAGGAAGACCACUGCACUGCGGUGAAGACAGAAAGGCAGACAUGCACUCUUGAACCUAGUGCAGGAGUAGAGGAAAUCAGACACAGCCCGGUUCAAAAUGCUGAAGGUGAGCACACUGGUGAGCUGGAGCACCAGACCGCUAGUCCAGAGGUGAUCUAUGACGAUGUCCCAUACGAGGAUCUAUCUCCAGAAGUUGACUUGAUCUAUGAGGACGUUCAAAGAGAGGGGGGUCAGCACGGACCCAAUAAUGACUGGAGCUCAAGUGAAUUUGAAAGCUAUGACGAGCAGUCUGACUCUGAGAGGGCCACAACCCGCAGUAAGCUCUCCACCGAUGCUCAACGACUGAGAGAACGUUACACCAGGACCAAAAAGGAGCUAGCCAUGAGACUGGGGGGCAGACAUCAGGUCCAUCAGCUGAUGCGGGCGGCACGUAGCGGAACGAAAGAUGGCCUGGAGAAGACCAGAAUUGCAGUGAUGAGACGAGUCUCAUUCUUGCAUAAAAAGGAGCACUCAGAUGACACCGAGGAUGAUACAGGGUAUUUGGAUGUGAUGGUUUCGGAGGCAAAACACCCACCUGCACAGCUAGGACCAAUGCCAGAUGGACUUAGCAGCCAACAGAUUGUCCGCCGCCACAUUUUGAGCUCUAUUGUGCAAAGUGAGAAGAGUUACCUGUACUCUCUAAAACGGAUCUUACAGGAAUACCAGCGUCCUUUGAUUGAGGCAGAGCCUCGGAUCCUCAGCAUCAGGAAAAUCCGUCCCAUAUUUUUCCGUCUGAGGGAAAUCACGCAGUGCCAUUCCAUGUUCCAGAUUGCCCUGGCCUCUCGGGUGGCCGAAUGGGACACUAGUGAAAAGAUCGGGGACCUCUUUGUAGCUUCAUUCUCAAAGUCCAUGGUGCUGGAUGUAUACAGUGAUUACGUCAAUAACUUCACCAAUGCCAUGGCCCUCAUUAAGAAAGCCUGCAUGUCUAAACCAGCAUUUCUAGAGUUCCUCAAGAAAAAGCAGGCAUCCAGCGUUGACCGCAUAACCCUCUACGGUCUGAUGGUGAAGCCCAUUCAGCGCUUUCCUCAGUUCAUCCUUCUCCUACAGGACAUGCUGAAGAACACCCCCGCUGGUCAUGUAGACAGGCUGCCCCUACAAUUGGCUCUGACUGAAUUGGAGACCCUCGCUGAGAAACUGAAUGAGCAGAAAAGGGUGGCUGAUCAGAUCACUGAGACGCAACAGCUCGCUCGCUGUGUCAGUGACCGCACGCUCAGCAAGCUGCUGAACUCGGAGCAGAGCUCUCUGAUCCUGUGCGAGACCCUGAUUGAGACUGUGUAUGGCGAACGCGGACAGGUCCUCAAGUCGAAGGAGAGGAAAGUUUUUCUCUUCGGUGACAUGCUCAUCUGCGCCAACAUCAAUGUCAAGGGUCCUCCUGACAUCAGCAGUCUGGUACCAGUGGGGCCCAAGUACACCAUGAAAUGGAGGUCCCCCUUGUCGCAGGUUCAGGUAGUCGAGGUUGGCCAAGAAGGCUCCCAAAGCAAGGACGCGCUUUACCAACUCGGAGGCAUCAAGCGUCCUGGUGGUUCUUCAGGAGCAGGAAGCAUCAUUUUGGGUCCGCCCCGUCUGUAUCAGGAGCUCCAGGAGCUUCAACACGACCUGUCGGUGGUGGAACAGGUCACCCUGUUGGUGGGGACUUUACAGGGAACGUAUCAGAAUCUGAACACCACACUAGCGCAGGACUGGUGUUUGGCACUACAGAGGCUUAUCCGCAUCAAAGAGGACCAGAUCCAGAGUGCCAACAAAUGCCGUUUACGAUUGCAAGUCCCUGGCAGACCAGACAAGUCUGGCCGUCCUGUGAGCUUUACGGUGGUCUUCAACACUCCAAGCCCCCUCAGCAAGAUCUCCUGGGUUAACCGGUUACAUCUAGCCAAGAUAGCACUGAGAGAGGAGAACACACCAGGUUGGCUCUCUGCAGAAGAUGAUGGGAAGACAAAGGCUCCGUUCUGCUGUCCACUCUUCGGUUGUCGCAUGCCUGUAUUAUCUUCAGAAGCCCAGGAAUGGAAGCUCGAGGCUGCUCUUCAUAUUCCUGUCCAAUGUGCUUUACUUGGUUUCUCAGCUGCAAGCACUUCCCUUCCUCAAGGCUACCUCUGGGUAGCCGCUGGAGGUGAUUCAACUCAAGGCCAGGUAGAUAUCUUCUCCCUGAACCGACCCACGCCUCGGCCCGUGAAAACCGUCCAGAUGGGAUCUCGAGUGUGGUGUUUGGAAUACGUUCCUGAGCCCACGCCUUCAGAGGACAAUGAAACCGGUCCUUACAACCCCACUGGAGUCGGAAAUACAAUCUGUGCAGGCCUUGAUGAUGGAAGCAUCCAGGUGUACGGCAGCAUGGACACGGCCGCUCAGUGUCUUCUGACCCUGCGUAACCCCGAGGGCUGUCCAGUCCUGUGUCUGAAGCAUUCGGGAAACUUCCUGUUUGCUGGCCUGCGGGUUGGAACGCUGAUGGUGUACAAGAGACAUGGAGGGGAACUGUGGAAUCCAGACACUUGUAGAAAAGUAAAAGUCGGUCCAGAUCCUGUGAGGACGCUGCUGGCUUUGGAGGACUCUGUCUGGACAAGCUGUGCAAACACAGUUACUGUGGUUCAAAGGUCCAGUCUGUCCACGCAGAGAUUUGAGGUGCACCAGGAACCAAUGGUGAGCGUGGCACACAUGGUACGAGCCGGAGGUGGCGUAUGGAUGGCCUUCUCAGAGGGUUCCUCCAUACGACUCUACCAUACGGAGACGCUGGAGCACCUGCAGGAGAUCAAUGUUUCUACACCCUCCUCUUUUCACAACCCCAGUCAGAAGAGCCUGAGAGUCACCAGUCUGCUGAUUUGCCAGGGGUUGUUGUGGGUGGGCACUUCCCAGGGUAUAAUCAUCACCCUGCCAGUGCCCAAACUGGAGGGUAUCCCAAAAAUUACAGGUAAAGGCAUGAUGUCUCUCAACGCUCACUGCGGACCUGUGGAUUUCUUAGUUGCCAUUUCCAGCACUUUGUCCCCGAAUCUUCUAAAGCGAGAUUCUGUGGUGGAAGGGCCUGAUUCUGCUUGUGGGGCGGAGGACCGCAGUGACUCCUCCCAGGAAUCUCUCCAGCAGCCUUGUAUUUCCACACACGUGGAUGGCAAAGCAAAGGGGCGGGGCGUGUUGCUACAGUACCGCCUCCGCUCGACCUCAUUGUUGCCUGGACGACCAUUAACCGCACGAGGGGACGAAGCAUCGAACUCAUCUUUAGAAUCUCUGGAACACAGUAUGGAGGACGGCUCUAUUUACGAACUCAGCGACGACCCGGACAUGUGGGUCAAGGGUCGGCCCUGCGAGAGGGACGGGGCGAGGAGGGACCGGGUUACCUCGGUAGCGGUGAUCUCAGGGGCGAGGGGUUUUCGCAGACUGAGGGAAGCUUCACAGGGUGCCAGCACAGAAAAUACUCUUCUGAUAUGGCAGCUUCCUCUUACUGUUUGAGUUAGGGCUGUCACGAUUAUUAAAUAAUCGUCUCAUCGCGAUUGUUUGACCUCAUCGCCAUGAUUUCGGAUCAUCGCAAUUAUCGCACAUCUCUAUAGAAGACACUAGGGGGAGCUGUAGUGCAUCUGCAUAUUGCAUAUUUUAGUGUAUAUAUUGUUACCAAAGCAUGGUAAUACUUGUAAAAUGUACCACCACAACACAAUCACUUAAAAAAAAUAAAAAAAAACAUAUACAAAUUACCUGCAGUACAAUUUAAUAUUAUUUAAGCAAAUCUCAGUGUGAAAACCAGUCUACCAAAAUUUCAUUAACACACAAGUAAAAUUUUACUGUAGUCUUGCAAGUGAGAAAAAAAACAGACUAGAAGCUUUUCUAUGACUGAUAGUAUUUUAAUGGUGGCUUCAAUUCACACCUGAUCAAUUUACUUCAUUUACAAGUAUUUGGUGGUUGUAUUAUUGACAGGUAAAAGCCUAAACCUUAAAUAUAUGAUGAUCCAAUUUUUUCCGAUGUAUUUCCAAUAAAAAAACAUAGUCUUGUAUUCAGAACAAUAUGGUCAUUUAAAUUGCUGAAUCAAAAAUGAAUGAGAAUUAAAUGUCAAAGCUCAAAAACAGACAAUUAAUCGUCAUAAUCGCCAAAGCCCUAAAACAGACAAUUAAAAUAGACAAUUAAUCGUCAAUCAAAUUCCAUAAUCGUGACAGCCCUAGUUUGAGUCAUGUUAACUUCACAAACAGUGUGUGGUACAAAAUGCGAGUCUCAGGAUUUUACCGUACAUUAUUAUAGGGAAGCAAAAAUCUGGGGAUAUCAAGAAAACAAGGUCAUGAAAAGAAUAUCCUCUCAUUGGUCACUGUAGCAGGAAUGUGUUUCCUUACCCAUGAUGGUUCCCGAUUCCUGUAUUUAACAUCUGGCAUGGCGGUUCAACAUAAUCAGGACCUUGACUAUUCAAACCGAAUAUUUCCUUGAGGGUAGCAGUGAGGUCAACCUUUAGUGAAUCAUUUUCUUUGGAAUUUACCACACUACAGAGCUGCUGAGGGGUCUCUUUAUUCUCUGGCGUCUGAAGGAAUCAUAUCAGCGGAACAUGGAAAGCCAAGUGAAAGGGGUUUUCUACGCCUCCUUGCUAAUUUUUUUCUCACCCUGUGACUCUUGAUAAUGUGAACGCAAGUUUCUUGUUGAAAGUCAAGUCCGGUCAGGUCAGAACCGUGAGUGUUAACCCUCAUGGAACGGUUUCGAAAUCUCACAUUUCUGUGAUAGGGUUAAAGCCCAAAAACAUUUUUGUCCUCAGUCAUGACCAGGAAACAUUUUCACCAUAUGGCAAUAAUUUGAAUCAUCUGCUUAAACUGGCUAUUACUCAACAAGCAGAUUCAUUACAUACAAGCACCGCUAAUUACAGGGAAGUUGUGGAUCUACAAGGCUUUUGAUGUUUAUUUGGUCUUGUUUAAGAGAUAUUCACUGCUGAUAUUUGUGUAGUACUGCAUCUGUGAUCUGCAGUUGGGUUCUUUAUUUUGAUUCAGCACACAGGGUCCACAUUGAACAGAUUCAACAGUCACCCAUCACAAAUUGUUAUAUAAAGGGAAUACAUUGUUUUUUGGUACAAGCAAAUAAAUAAAUAAUACAUUAAUGAAUAAAUCAAACUUUCAAAAUAUGACUUUAAUGAACAAUUACCUACCUUUCAGAUGUUACUGAGCCUUUAUGGAUAUUUGUGCAUUACUGAAUCAUUUGGUUUAUUAAGAAAAUAAACUAACAAAUUCAGAUAUUUCAGAAAUAGCUACUGAAUAUAGUUGUUUUUUCAUCCCACUGUUGUCAUCAUUGAUUUUUCACAGCAUGUAACGUUAUGAAUGUAUAAAUGUAUCAUUUGUUCUGGUACUGCAAGCUUUUGUCUUAACUUGUUUUUGUAUUCGCAUUUUAACACAUAAAACAUUUAUGAAGGUCAUAAUAUGAAACUGAAUAUAAUAACCGUGUUUACAAUAGUUAGUCAUUUGAAUAUGACAUUUUAAAGUGGAAGUUUAACAUGAAUAAUACCAAUUGUACAUUACUCAUCCAUAUAAUGUAACUACUUGAAGUUUUCGUUUGUUUCUAUAAUGCACUGAAGCAAUUGUUUUCGGCUAAUAAAGUUGUAGGUCUUUUACU